GCAGCCUGAACCGACCUGUCACCUCAAGAAGAAGGAAGUGUUCCUCCCACUUUGUUCAGCAGCUGUGUUUUAGUUUGUCAACACUCGCUUUAGAUGAACAAGACUUAAAGUAGAAGGAAGCCAGCGGUGGAGCAGUGGAGUCCUGUUUUGAGACUGGACUUUUUUUGUUGUUGACAAAAGUAUCAUGGUAUAGCAGCAAAAAAACCAGCAAAUCCACAGAGGGACCGGAUCUGAAAAAAAGGGAUGGAGGAGGUGAAAACCCUGAAGCAGUUUCCCCCGUACGGUGCCAUUAGUGGACACUCAACGGCUGACACCUGCCCCACAUGUCGUGGCACCGGACGAAUCCCCAGAGGCCAUGAAGACCAGCUAGUUGCUGUAAUACCGUGUAAUGAUGCAAGGCUGAAACCCAGACGCACGAAGCUGUACGUGUGCAUCUCCAUGGCGAUGUGUCUCUUCCUGUGCUGUCUGAUCCUCUUCUUCCUCUUCCCCCGGAGUGUCAUCCUGACGCCUGUGUCUGUGCUGUCAGUCAUGGUCUACUUCACCCCAGAUACAACUGAAAUGGAGGUCACCAAUCUCAUCAGCAUCUCCAACGAGAACUUGUGUCCCUGUUCAGGUGGUCGAGUUGGACGUUCAGGGUCUGGUCUUGAACGCAGUUGUGGGAAAACCAAGAUAUCGAACAUGACCGCCAUCCCAUCCCGCUCAAAGAAAUCUGACACCAUUGAAAUUGACCUGCUUAUUACCGAUAAAGGCUUAAACACUUACUGCAAGUCGAGCUCGAUCAAGAUUCACACGUUAUUUCUGGAGCUGCAAAUGACAAUGAAUAUUUCCUAUCUCUCUCACAUGGAGCAGCUUUCCUUGAACACAUUUGAGUAUAUCGACUGUGGCACCAAUUCAACAACCCCUCAUCCUGUGAGAUGAUGAAAUCAAAACGAAAAACACCAAAGUGGGAGUGUGAAAUGAUGAAUAUUCUGGCUGCAUUGCACCCUUUUCCUCUUUUGUGUCUGAUGUGACUUUGCAAAUGAUAACUACCGU